CUUAUGGACCAAAGAUUUCGUGUUUUCUGCGUUCGUGUUUUCUGUUGGGAAUUUUAUUUUGUGUUGAAAAUCGCCAAAAUGUGACAGAGUAAUUUAUGGUUACAACCCUCGAGGAGCCUCCCAGCAUUGCUGAGGACGUAAAAUGAACAAUGAAAAUAGUGGUGAGGUGGAUGGUCGACGGGGAAGCGCGCUGACAGACUUGUCGGACACCGCUGUUGACAACGAUGGCCUGGAAGAUCUCAAGCCGCCCGAUAGCAAGAGAUUUCAACUGGAGAUGGAUGAAAUGCUUGGAAGAAUCCGCGAAACCGACGCCAAAAUUAAAUCACUUGAGAAGCAAGUCUCCGUGUCUGGGGGGAAAAUUAAAGCGGCCUCCGCUAUCGACAAGGAAAAGUUGCAGAGCGAACUUCGAGAACUUCGUACAGUGCGAGAGAAAGUCAUUGAGGAGAGAAAACAGUUUGAUCUUGAGCUAAAAGGCGUAAAUGUGCAAGUUCAAAAAAAGAAUGAUGCUUGUACAAAGCUUCAAGCAGGAGUGAGGUACAAAUCUGAAGCCAGGAUCGACGAGGCAGUGAGGAAACUGGAACAUCAGAUGCAAGCCCAACAGCUCAAGCUAAGUGAAGAGAAGCGAAUAGUCGCUGAAAUUGACACCCUCAAGCGGUCAAAAAGAAAUUUAAAUGAGUACUUGGUUCUCAAACAGCAUGUCGACCAGUUGAGAAACAAGCAGAAACACUUGCGAUCACAGAGAGAUGCUUGUGUCAAAAGAAUAAAUGGCUUGAAGUCAAGAGAGGAAGAAGUAAAGAACCUUUUAGAUUCAGAAGUCAGUGAUAAGAGUGAGGAAGUUGAACAUCAACAGCUACAUGUAGAACAGCUGAAGGAAGUAGAACUUCUCAAAAAAGAGCUUGAUGAUCUUCAUGCCAAGAAAAGAGACAUUAGAGGAAAUUUUACAAAGGAGAAAAACGAUUACUAUACAGCCAUCAGAGAAAUCAAGACUCAGAAAAAGAAGGGAUGGACAGCAAAGAGAAAGAAUGAGAGACUUCCUAUGGUCAAACCAGUGGCAAGCAGCAGGGCUAUGGAACAGCCGUUUGAAAAGGAAAAAGCGCUUUGUGAUACGCUUGUAAACUACUUGGAGGGACUUCACAUAAAUGCAAUUCAUCUGCCAGAUCUUCAAUCAACGUCUUCAGCAGACAAGGAACCUGCCAUUUCUUUAGCAGCAAGUGCUGAUUUUUCCUUGUCUGGUGAUAAAGGAGUGUUCCUCAGACGCAAAUCAGCCACUGAUGAUCUGGUGGGAGUGUAUGCCGGGGUCAACAGGACUUCAAGAAGAGGAAGUCGCAAAGGAAGGCGGUCCUCUGCAAAAGAGGCUCCUCGCAAAUUAAACCUUCAUGCCCAAGUUGUUGAAAACCUUCUGAUUCUUGGUCUGUCACCGCCCAGUACUGCUGCUGAUAUUCCAAAGGUUCUUGAAGAGCUCCAAGAGAAGAAGGACUUUUUUGAGAGUGCCCAAGCUCCUAGCCCUGUGCCAGCACCCGCCAGUCAUGACCCUAUGACACCAAUAACAGAAGAAGCUGCACCUGAAUUUCCGAGCAAAUUUGAAGAAAGCGGAGAGAGUGAAACUCCUGAGGCAGUUCUCCAAGAUGCCACACUGGAUACUGAAGAUAACACAGGAGAUGGUAAUCUGCAAAAUAAUCCACAAGCAACGCAUGAUGAAAAAAGUUUAACUCUGAAUGAAGAGGAGGUGUUGGGAAGGGAAACUUCAGGUAAGGCAGACACUGAAUUGACCGACGAGUUAAACGGCUUGUUACCAGAGAAAGAAACUGAAGAAUCCCAGCUGAAGACUGUAAACCUAGAAGAGGCAGCUUCUGCUGUAAACAGUGAUCUUUCUAAUGCAAAGCCAGCUGUGUCGAAUGAGAACCAUGAAGUAAGUUCAGACGACACCGGGCAUAUUAGCCUUGCUCACUCUUUCACAGAACCCAAUACAGAGGGUUUGUGCUUGCCAAAUGGAGAUCCGCAUGAGUUAAAUGAGGUCUUGACAAAGUGUGUUGAAAGUGAGAAUUGUCGCUCAAAAGAAGACAAACUUAUUUAUCCUGAAACGGACCAGGUGCUCUCUGAAAAGACAAAUUCAGCACCCAAGGACAACACGUGUAGCAUCACGCCUCCUGUUCAAAGCAACACGAUUUGCCCAGAACAGCCCAGUUUUUCAGGCUCAUCCUCUCACAGCACGAGUCUCUUAAUAGAGGAGAAUGGCUUGGAGGCUGUCUAUGAUAGACACUCUAUAAAUGAAGGAGGUGGAAUGGUGAAGAUACAAUGCGAGAAGUGUCCCGCUUAAUGCAUCAUGUUGUUUCUGAUGAGCGCUUCAGUGGUAAACCAGGACAACCCAUGCACUGUAUCGCGAUGGAAGCAUUCAGAACACACUGAACCACGCGCGUAGAUUCUUCGGGGUACUUGUAGAAUAGUCUAUAAGGCAUGCUAUAUUUUAUAAUAUUUUUGUGUAGAUUUGUAUGUUCAGGUACAAAUUUAUGUACCAAGCACUGACUUCAGCUCCUUUGGUGGGCUGUGUGAAGGUAAAUAAUUAUGAAAUGAUACAGUUAUGUCAUUUCUUAGAGCGGUUUUCAAUUGAGUGACGUUAAAUCAAAGUAAGCACUCUGGCCAAUCACGAAAGACACAGACAAUCCAAUGAACCAAUCAAAACUCGAUACAAAUACAUAUAGCUGACGCAAGGCGGGGGAAAACGUGUGCGAGCGAGUCACGGUUGGUUUUGAUUUUACUUCUGAUUGGAUGACAAAGUGGUGCGUGUUUCUUAAGCCAAUUGCUUACUGUGGUAACUCAAAACUAACGCAAAUGCGUUUUGCAGGACUUUUGACACUCAAGUGAAAACUGCUCUAAAAUGUUCAUGUGAGCACGUUUUUAUUAUCACGUAAGUAGGAUCUUGCAUCUGGGGAGCAAACCUUACUCAGCUCUAUUUCUUGCAGCGGUGUUAACUAUUCCGAACAUUCAAGCUGCUGCAUUAUGAAAUCUCUCAUUUAAAAUGUCAUUGGCGUCAACAUCAAUGGGUAGUGAAUGACCAUUCAAAAAUUACGCGUCUUGUAGUCUUGACUUUAUUCACGAAGCCGUCUCAAAGUCUCAAUUUCUCUUGCAAAUCUGAAAUAGCGAACCUGCCGCAGAGACAUUAGUUGUAAAUGUACUAUUUGCUUCCCCAACAUCAAGUUCUUUUCAAGGUUCUCCCGGUAUGCUUAGCGUCGUUAACGUUUAGGCCAAAAUUUUAGCAGCAUGUACAUGUAUCCUAUAUGAUUUUAAAUUAGGCAUGUCGUCCGUGCAUGUAUCUCACUAACACUGUUUGCAAUGUGGACUAACUCUUUUUUAAGACUAGUUUUUAAAUGAAUAACUAUUUUAUGGUCAAGUGCCCUGAGCAACCAAAGUUUGGUCAGAUAAGCAUUACACCACACAGAUUUUCAAAGAAGAUUUUUUUGUAGCUAAUUUGUGUGUUGAUUAGAGUACUUGAAUAUUCUUGUAAAGAUAGUUUCUGCUAAAGUAACGAAAAGUACCUCAGUUUGAUGUUAAUUAUACAUGGGACAAAUUCCAGUCAAUGGCUACUGGAAUUAUGGUCGCAGUUACAGACAAUUUGUUUGUUCCAUGAAAUAUUGGUUAUUUAACCAAAAAAUUUAUUACGUCUAAAACGUUCUUGGAGAAAUAACUCAGUGGUUCCAGAAGGUUUGUUCGUUACAUGUAUCCUAAGGUUUUGAAUUUGUUAUUUUCAGACCUAGACCUGGUUUAGUAAGUCAAGAAAAUAUUAUUUAACUUAUGGUGCUGCCCAGGGUUAAAUUAUUGAAAAAAUUAAAAAAAAAAAAACGAAGAAGAAGAAAACCAAAACAGCCAAAAAAGAAAAAAAAAAUGAACUUAUUGAAACAUUCUUGUGAAGGUCAAAAAA